ACGAGAAUUUUAUAUAUUAGAAGAAGAUAAGAGGCAGAGCAGAAGGCAGAAAAAUGGAAAAUCAUAGCAUCAUAGCCACAGAGGAGGCCCACCCCAGACCCCACCACACAGCUGAGCAGACACAGCCAGCAUGCGAUAUUGACAAAAUCACAGAAAAUGUCAGAUAUAGUUGUCUAUUGAAUUGCAAGAGUUAACUCUUUUCGAGAAUUAAUUUUAAGUAAGUUAACUGCCACUUCUUUGUUAAUAAAUUCAGUUGAGCAUUGUCACUCAGUUUUUUGUUGGAAAUUUGAUUUUACUCCCAAGAAAAAGUUUUUCCAACCACCAAAAUGGCUGAAACAGUGGAGUUUCGUACCGAAGAAAUGAUUCCUGAACUGGAAGCUAUGCUGGUUCUUCUUUUUGACAAGGAUGAAGUUCAGUCUCUUCAAAAUAUGAGGAAAGAUUAUGAGUAUAAGAUCAUAAGGACUACAAAGCGCAAAGAUGACUUUAUAAAAUACAUCAAUUUUGAAACUCAGUUUCUCAGAAUGUUAAAACUCAGAUAUAAGAAAAGAGGAAUUCAGAAGAAUGCUAAGCUGUCCAACAUUGAGUAUGCCAUUGGAAGAAGGUUGCAUCGGCUGUUUAUGCUUGCAAUUCGAUCCUUUCCAAAAGAUCUUCGUCUCUGGAUGGCAUAUGUCAAAUUUUGUCAAAAAAUGAGAUUCAGCUCAGCAGCCAGUCGUGUACUGGAACAAAUGUUGGACCAGCACGGACAUUCCAAGCCCGAACUGUAUAAACUGGCCGCCAAAAUUGAACUUGAUGAUUGUAAUGAUAUUGAGAAGGCCAGAAAAUAUCUCCUUAUGGGAAUUCAUGUGCACAAAGAUAACAAAUCACUGCUAACAGAAGCCUUUAGGCUAGAGCUUAUUGAUGCUGAGAGGAAACGAAAAGAACUGGAAGAUAAAAACAUGGCUUUGGAUCUUACAAAUGUACAUUUGAGUGCCAAGAAAGCUGAAAGCAUUUAUGACAGUGCAAUCAAGAAAUUGAAUGAUGUGGAGUUGAUGAACGAUCUGAUGAACAUCUGUGCAGAAUACAGCUUUGCCCAACCUCUUCAGAACAGAAUCUCCCAAGACUUGUUUGAGCACGACACUAAUGAGAGAAUGUGGGAUAUAAUUGCUACAAGAGAACUGAAUCACUCUGAUGGAAAGCUUACACCCAAAGCCAAAAUACAGAAAUGUGUCACCUUGUACGAGACAGCUGUCAUGAGGCUGAACACUGGCAAGAUGUGGGCCUACUACCUGGACGCUCUAAUAGAGUUGGGCAAAGAUACCUUCGUACUGCCCAACUACAAGCGCAAACUGCUGCAGUCCGCCUUACAAAAGGCUGCUACUGCUGGCAAACUGACGGAAAAAUACUACCUCGUGUGGGUGAGUCAUUUACAAAUGCCAGAGAAGCACAAGAAGCUCGUGGAAGUGCUGCAGGGAGCUGUGAAGAAGCUGCCAGAAUCAGUGACAUUGUGGCAUACCCUACUGAAGGUGCAUCUGACCAAGGGGGAGGAGAAGCAGGCCAAUCAGGUGUUUGAGCAAGGUGUGGCUGCUUUGACCAAAAACUCUCUACCUCUUUGGCAACUCAUGCUGCAGUUUGAACAGACUAAGAGGAACAAUAAGGUUGAAGAGUUGUUCAAGAAAAGUUGGACCCAGUGCCGAGAGAUAUCUCAGCCUCUUAAGCCCAUGUACCUGGAGUGGCUAGUAUUGACCCAAGGCAUUGUGGUCGCUCGCAAGACUUACGACAACUUGUGUGAGAACUCUGCCCCAUGUCUAGAGAUGCACAAGAAGAUGAUCUACCUGGAGUCCAUCCAGCCGUCCAUGAGCAUGAAGCGAAUCCGUCAUUGCCAUACAAUCGCAUGUGCACAGUUCGGUGAUCUAGAUGUCAAUGUAUGGAUGGACCACUGCAAGUUUGAGAUCAACUCUGGUGAUACGGAGAGGCUGAGUGAGAUAUACUGGAGAGCUCGUAAAAACCUGUCUCCGCAGCAGUUUGAAACAUUCCUCUCAGAACUGACGAUCAUAUCCGCACAGACCCCCUACGGGCUUAAAGAUGGAAAGUUUAAAUGAAAGGAUUGGUUAACAAACGUUUUAUAAUGUAUGAUUGGUUUAUGUUAAACUAUCAUUUACUUUUGUUGAUGUAUUGUAUUCAAAUUUGUUGGUAAAUGUUACUACCAAUAACCUUGUAAAAUUAACUUAUGCAGGUUUAAAUUACUUGGUUACUGUCAAAACGAUCUCGGAUAGUUGUGACAAUAACCAGGUAAUUAAAACUUUCAUUAGUUAAUUCAAACAGUCCAUAGGGUAAUCCAUCGUGUAAUUACAAAAUUAAGUGGAAAAUUUUAUUAUUUCAGUUGUCAACAGUUAUUCACCACCUAUUAAUAUGUGGUGAUAAUAUUACUAAUUUCCUUAGUGCAGUAAAAGGAGAGCUGUAAUUAUAAAAUAUCUAAUGGUUUGAUUUUUGUUCAUCUUAUCUAUUGAUUUUAAUAGUUAUAAAAAUAAGUUAAAGUGUUAUUUAUCAGUCUUCUUCAGGUUUUACUUAGUUUGACAGUUUUGAUAGUCAUAUAAAUGUCAGUAAUAGUAUUAUUUGUAUAUCCUCAAGAAAUUCCUCAUUCAUUAAUUUUUGCUUUGUUUAAUUGUAUGUUAAAGGUUUUUUAACAUUCAUACAGUAAAUUUCCUUUCAAAAUAAUUAUUCA